ACCCACCUCUCUCUUUCGUUAGUAUCACUAUUCAUUUCACUAGAGAAGAUCAAAAAGAAAGAAAUGGCGUCGGCAUUGAGAAGAGCAAUCCUAGGGCACGUGCGAGUCCCGGUGUCUAACGGAUCUAAGCUGCUAACACCGUCGUGGAUCCGGUCAAUGUCAUCUCACGACGAUCAUCUUGAAAAAAGUCAAGUUGUUGACCGUAUCCUUGAUAUCGUCAAAAGCUUCCCUAAAGUCGAUCCUUCUAAGGUUACUCCUGAAGUUCAUUUCCAGAAGGAUUUGGGAUUGGACAGCUUAGAUAAUGUGGAGCUCGUAAUGGCCAUCGAGGAGGAGUUCAAGUUGGAGAUUCCAGACAAAGAAGCUGACAAGAUCGACUCUUGUGCACUUGCGAUUGAGUAUGUAUAUAACCAUCCAAUGGCUAGCUAAACUCUCAAAGUUUCUGCAUGUCAUCCGUUUUUUGCCCUUUGUGCUGUUUCAUUUUGCUGUAUAACUUAAAUCCAGCUAAAUUUGACCUGGAAAUAAUUAGAAGCAUUCAUGACUUCAUCAUAGUUGCAUGUUUGUUGAUUAGAACAUUGAGCAUGACAUUGCAAUGAAUAUGUGUUCGUCUUUUUA